UCUUCUUCUACUACUACUUCCUGUUCGUCGGUAUCUGUAAAGUGUCCUCCAUGGUGUCAUUGUAGCUUUUUCAGGUUGAAUAUUCAAUAGUGAACCAUGUCUGGCUACACACCAGACGAGAAGCUGCGUUUUGACCAGUUAGUGAAACUCCGGAGGCAGUGGCUGAAGGACCAGGAGCUCAGUCCGAGGGAGCCCGUGGUUCAAGCUAAACCUCCAGGCCCCGUCGCUAAGUUCUGGGCUAGCUUCCUGGAGCCCAAAAGCCUGUGGAGGCUUUACACCUACAAAGCAUACAAAGGUGGAGUUUUCACAAUCACACGUCUGCUCCUGCCUGGCUGGAUUGUUCACUACUAUGUGAAAUAUCACGUUGCUACAAAACCAUAUGGGAUUGUGGAGACGAAACCCAAGCUUUUACCUGGUGACACCAUUCUGGAGACUGGCGAAGUGUUACCUGAUCUCCCAGAGAUCCAUGGCCAUCACUAAAUAAAAAAAAAUGUGAUUAAUUUUUUUGUUUUUCUGUUGUAAAAACUGUAUAUUACAAUAAAAUAUUACAAAAUUCUUCA